GGCGUCUGUUUUGCGCCUUCCAAAUUGGUUUGUCUGUUUUCGACUACGAAUGCCUGGGAGAGAAGAUUACCGUUUUCACGCUGUCGCCUAGGCACAUAGAAGAUGUCUGUUUUGGAAUCAGUAGAUGUUCCUCUGGAAUUGACCAAGGGUAAAAUAGACGAAUUAAGGGACUUUUUGAAGAUUUCGCUUAGUAUCGCCAACGCGCACACAGUCGACUUCUACACUUGUAAUGUUUGGGAACAGUUUAUCGCGGUGCCGCCCGAGAGCGUGUUGUCCAUUUUCAGUUCUAAAUGUGACCAGAGGGUGGCGCCAGAGAAUCGGAGAACUCAGAGCUGUCAGAGGCGCGGAGGUAAGGAUAGGACCAACUUUGGUUUCUGCGAUGACACUAAACGACUGGUGGACGUGGCAGUGUUUCUUGACGCUGCUAAACGGCACACACUGCCUGGGCUGGGGGUGUGUGUGCUGCUGCCCAAGGUCCUGCAGGCACUUCGAGGACACCAGAGCAUCCCACCAGCUGCAGAAGACGUCCCUCUGGAGCCGGAGGAAUUCAUGAAUGCCAAGAAGUCCCACGAGGUGCAGAUCCUGUCUGGAGUGGUGGCCAGUCUGGCUCAGCAGUGCGGAGUGAGACAGGUUAUAGACGUGGGCUCAGGUAAGGGCUACCUGUGCUCCUUCCUGUCCCUGCAGUACGGUCUGCAGGUUUAUGGGAUCGACUCUUCGAGCAGGAACACACACGGAGCGCAGGAGAGGAACAGGAAGCUGCAGAAGUACUCCAGAGCGUACCAGAGACACCACAACGCUAGGACCGCCAUCAGCGGAGGAGAGCAGAGAGCGAGGGAACAGCUACAGGAAGAGAGAGACAGGUCUGAGCGAGGAGGAGAGCAGGGAGCGAGGGAACAGCUACAGGAAGAGAGAGACCGGUCUGAGCAGGAAGAGAGAGAGAGGUCUGAGCAGGGAGGAGAGCAGAGAGCGAGGGAACAGCUACAGGAAGAGAGAGACAGGUCUGAGCGAGGAGGAGAGAGCGAAGAGAGACCAGUACAGAGAGAGAGAGACCCAUCUGAGCAGGAAGGAGACGGAGACUGUGUUGUUGGAUUUAAACCAUUCCAGGGCCAGGACACUGAAACGCUGACCAUGCUCUUGGAAGCAUCUGUUGCCAUGGCGCCUGUGGAGGACUCGCCCAAGCGGAACGUGAGCGAUGCUCUGUCACCAGACACAGGCACGGUCAGCUCCAGUCCAGAGAGCCCCUUCCCCUUCCUGGGGGUGCUGUCCCCGGAGCUGGUGGAGAUUCCGCCCCCCCGAACACCCCCCACCCAGCUGAGCCCAGAGGAGAGGGAGAGGAGGAAGAGGGAGAACCUGGAGAGGAAGGGGCGGGGCAGCAGGGACAGUCUGUUCUCCCCCCUCACCUCCUACAUCACUGCCCACACGGAGCUGCGUGACAUCAUCACACACCUGGAGGAUGCGCUGUUGGUGGGCCUGCAUACGUGUGGGGAUCUGGCUCCCAGCACGCUGCGCAUGUUCACAGCCAAGCCAGAGCUGAGGGCCGUGUGCAGCGUGGGCUGCUGCUACCACCUGCUGUCUGAGGAGUUCGACCCGUCUGCAACAGAAUGCCCAACCAGCCAAUGGGGAUUCCCCAUGAGCAAACACCUGAGAGACCUUGCCUGGUUCUGCGGCCGAAAUGCCAGGAUGUCAGCCUGCCUGGCUCUGGAAAGAGUCAGUGCUGGGGGAGGGCUCCCCAGUGAGUCGCUGUUUUACCGCGCGGUGCUCCACGUGAUCCUGCGAGACCAUUACGCCGCCUUUAAGAGUGAGAAGCGUGUGGGGAACGUCUACUCCAAAUCCGCCUCCUUCCUGGACUACGUCAGACGAGCCCUGAGGAAACUGGGCCUGGACGGGUCAAAGAUCUCUGACUGCCUCAUCCAGGGCUACCAUGAGAAGUACAGCCCCAGGAAGCAGGAGAUGCAAGCCUUCAACAUGCUGAAGGUGUCCUUGGCUCCCUGCAUAGAGGCCUUGAUACUGCUGGAUCGCCUCUGCUACCUGAAAGAGCAGGAGAACACGUGUUUUUCAGCCGUGGUGCCUCUGUUUGAUCCGCUGAUGUCACCGCGAUGUUACGGAAUCCUCGCCUUAAAAAACGGAGCGCCUUAAAAAAUGUUCCAAAAACAAACAUUCCUAGAUCUUGUUUCCUUACUGUUUCCCCCCUUAUGGUCCGCUACCAUCAGGAGAAACCUUGCAAGUCAUAUUUUGUGACAAUUUAAUGAAACAUAUCUUUGAGUUCUCUGCCACAUCCUGUGACUCUGGACUGAAAAGGACAAUUUUCUGUUCCCUCGUCUCAUUCCAGCGCUCUUUGUAAAACGAUUGAUUGAUUGGCAGGUGUCUCUGGUGUACUGUGAUGUUUUCUCCUGAUUGAUCGAUUGGCAGGUGUCUCUGGUGUACUGUGAUGUUUUCUCCUGAUUGAUCGAUUGGCAGGUGUCUCUGGUGUACUGUGAUGUUUUCUCCUGAUUGAUCGAUUGGCAGGUGUCUCUGGUGUACUGUGAUGUUUUCUCCUGAUUGAUCGAUUGGCAGGUGUCUCUGGUGUACUGUGAUGUUUUCUCCUGAUUGAUCGAUUGGCGGGUGUCUCUGGUGUACUGUGAUGUUUUCUCCUGAUUGAUUGAUUGGCGAGUGUCUCUGGUGUACUGUGAUGUUUUCUCCUGAUUGAUUGAUUGGCAGGUGUCUCUGGUGUACUGUGAUGUUUUCUCCUGAUUGAUUGGCGAGUGUCUCUGGUGUACUGUGAUGUUUUCUCCUGAUUGAUUGAUUGAUUGGUGGAUGUCUCUGAUGUCGAUGACUGUUCUCUCCUGAUGUGGCCCUUCUGGACAUCAGCACAUCAGAAAUUCUCCUCACUGCUCUAAGAAACAGUUUCUCUUCAGUGUCCUGGGGAUUCGUCCGUUCUGUUUUGUUAUUAGUUUAUUAAUUCUCACACAGAGGGAUAUAAAGGAUUCAGCAGUGAAGUUAUUUGUAUCUUCUAUAUCAUCUGUUUUUAUUUGUAUCAAUCCUAAAUACUGCACAUUAAAUAUUCUCAUCACUGAAAACUCAA